AUGGGCAAAUCACGCUUUGGCAGAUACGAGGCCGCGCCUCUAAGCCCAGACUUUAUUCCUAGUUUGCAAGAACCUACACAACAGAUUCUCUGGAUUGGAUGCUCUGAUAGUGGCUUUCAAGAAACAACUAUCCUUGAUCUCCUUCCAGAUGAGAUGAUGGUUCACAGGAAUAUUGGAAACAUGCUUAUCGAGGGUGAUUUAUCAUCGGAGACCGCAAUCAAAUAUGCUGUCACAGUUCUGGGGGUGAGACACAUUGUUGUCUGUGGUCAUUAUGGAUGUCAAAUAGUGAAGGCCGCAUCAAGAGAUGGUCUUCAGGGACCCUGGCAAAGCAAGCUCGAUUCUCUACACUCAACGCAUAAGGACACAAUUGAUCAGCUCCCAGAAGCAGAGCACGAUCGCACUUUCGUCAAGUUGAAUGUUCUCGACCAGUUGCGCUCUUUGCGACAGUUCCCCGAGGUGGUAGAUGCUGCCAAAUCGGGUAGCUUGCAGUUGCACGGCAUUGUGUAUGAUACGCACACUGGGGAGGCGUCACGUCUAGUGGAAGAACCUGAGUGUCGUAUUUAA